AUGACAAACCUCACACUCACAAUCUCCCUCCCCGCUCACCAACACCCGGCCUCGAGUAAACGCCUUCUCGGUCUGCCGCUCGAACUGCGCAACCACAUCUACCAUCACGCCCUCGUCGCGCCGCCGAAGCACUCACGCACCCACGACGAUGACUGCCACUUCCGCUACAACCAUACGGCCACCUCCAUCGAGCCUGCUGCCUGCGUCGUCCUCGACGUGACCGUCGACCCCGUUCCGCUCCAAUACAUCUAUAGACAUGACCGGUUGUCGCAGUGCCGCUGCGCGAAGCGCACGACGCUGAACCUCCUCCUGGCGUGCCGCCAGGUCUACCGCGAGGCCGCGCCCAUCUUCUGGUCCGCCAACACCUUCGUCUUCGACCACUCGGACGACUUCACCAUUUGCGUCGGCGCCCAGCUCCGCCCCGCCUUCCGCCCGCUGUUGCGGCACGUCUACGUCGCCUCGGCAGACCGCGAGGAGAAUCCCCUCUGGACGACGCGGAAUCUCUUCUCCGGCGCGUGCAUCCCGCCAGGCGACAAAAUCCCGCGCUGGCUACAAUUCUGGGGUGUGCUGAACCAGUGCCGCGGCCUCCGGACACUGGCCGUUCAGCCCGAGGUCAUGCGGCGUCACGGCGCGGACUUUGCGGCGCUGAGCCGGCGGCUCCCGGCGCUCGAGCGGCUCGAGCUGACAUGGAUGGGCAAGUACAAGGACGACCAGGCCUCGCACGUGCCUAACCGUCGGUCCUUCCGGGCGUGCGAGUCGGUCCAGCGGGAGAUGGUGUUCGUGCGGGCGGCGCGGUCGGUGGACCUCGGCGCGGCGGAUUUUGGCGGCGCGGAGUGGUGCAAGGAGCUAUACCGGGACUUCACGACCAACUUCUGCGUGCACCUGGACACGAUCGUGCGGAACCGGUUCCUGGGGUGCGGCGCGGACGGGCCGGACCGGUACCGGAUCGAGCUGCACACGGGCAGGGUGGAGGCAGGGCUGAAUGACGCGCGGAGGACAUGGAACGUGGAGCUGCCGACGGGGAAGACGGCGCGGCUGGACUUUCUGGCGGUGCCGCAGUCGCGAGAGACGCGGAUGCGGCUGAAGAGGCAGAUGCGGGCGCGGGACGCGGCGCGGCGGGCGAGUGGGAAGCCGACGGUGGCGGAGGAGAGGGCGGCGAGAGAAGAGAGACGGGUGGAGAGAAAGAGAGUCGUGAGGAGGGGCGUGGAGGAAGGUUUGGCUGAGCUUGCACUGUGA